UUCUAUGGUUGUAAAAUGUCAACACAUUUGACAGGCGUGACACUUAGCAAGAUAAAGUACGGGAUCUGUGGAGUGCAUUUUGUUCAAGACUAUUUCUAGAGGUUGUUUCAGAAGCGGGUUGCAAUGGCUGAAGGAGAGCUGGAAGCGGCGAGGAGAUGUUUGAGAGAGUUUUCAAUAGAAGCCCAAGAGCUCUUCGUGGGUCGCUCCGUACCCUACCUGGAGCAGCCGCCGUCUCCCCUGCACUUCCAUCGGGACUGGCUGUGUCCAAACAAACCCUGCAUCAUCCGCAACGCCAUCAGCCACUGGCCAGCGCUGUCCAAGUGGAGCUCCGCCUACCUCAGGGCAGCCGUGGGCUCAAAGCCGGUCAGUGUGGCGGUCACUCCUCACGGUUACGCGGACGCUGUGUUCGGGGAUCGAUUCGUCAUGCCUGAGGAGCGGCGCAUGCCCUUCGCCUCACUGCUGGACCUGAUUGAGAGCCGGGGUGGGGCCGGGGUCAGUGGGCAGAGGGGUGUGUUCUACAUGCAGAAGCAGUGCUCCAGUCUGACCGAGGAGCUGCCGGAGCUCACCCGAGAUGUGGACACUGAGAUACCCUGGAUGAGCAAGGCUCUGGGGAAACACCCCGACGCUGUGAACUUCUGGCUGGGAGAAGAAGCUGCUGUCACAUCCUUACACAAGGACCACUAUGAGAACCUGUACUGUGUGAUCUCAGGGGAGAAGCACUUCAUCCUCCUGCCUCCCUCCGACCGACCCUUCAUCCCGUACGAGCUGUACCAGCCGGCCACCUUCAUACAGAGGGAGGACGGCUCCUUCGAUGUGGUGGAUGAGGAGGCUGCGGAGAAGGUAACGAGACCCUUACUCACACUCAGCAUGGAUGAUUUCAAUAGCCAGUUCCUCCAAUCAGAGGUGCCCUGGAUCCCAGUGGACCCCUUGAACCCGGAUCUGGAGCGUUACCCAGACUAUGGGCUGGCCCGGCCGCUGCACUGCACUGUGAGGGCGGGGGAGAUGCUGUACCUGCCCUCCCUGUGGUUCCACCAUGUCCGCCAGUCUCAGGGCUGCAUCGCAGUGAAUUACUGGUAUGACAUGGAGUUCGAUGUAAAGUAUAACUACUUCCAGCUCCUCGAAUCUCUCUCUGCUGUCCUGGGCAAGAACUAGGGGAUUGUGGGAUACUGGAGGUGUGGCAGUCACAUGGUCUAGAGGACUCUUGGAACGCUUUAGCCAGCAGAACAGAAGAGUGCGGGCAACACGCAGGGGUCACGCAGGGGUCAACCCCAGAGCCAGAGAACCCCAGAGAGGAAGGGCAUCUCACUAGCAGCAAGGAGGACCUCAGGGCAUCUUCAUUCGUAUUUAUUUUUAAUAAAAGAGGGACAUCUUGUGCCUGCUACUGUAUUUCAUUCUUUUUUUAUGGAUUAAGAACGUGUCUGUAUCAAGAUUUCUUUUGCUGUAGGAUUUUUAAUAGAACAGAGAAUUGUGCAUUUCAAUAAACUCACUCAUGAAAAUGUA